AUGCGCGCGAAACCGAGCGCGGAAAGCGGGCGCGGGCGCGUUGGCUGUCGGCUAGGCUAUUUCGCAAGACCACCAUCUAAUGUGAACCUAUUAACCUCUCCGAGCGAGGCUCAGGCGCAGCCGAGGCGGAUGAGGCGUCGCGGCGAACUCAUUAGACACAAGGCUGCGCCGAACCGCCGAGCGGACGGUGUGCUCCACGGGGACGCGACACAGAAAAAGAAAAUCGAACGAAAAAAUAAAAAAAAG